AUGACACAGCGACCGCAACAGUUCACCAAGCCAAAUCUCACUCCGAAGAGGCAUCAUGGUUUUACUGUGCUGCUCUGUAUUCUGGGAACUCUUCUCCCGCCUCUCGCUGUCGCCGCAAGGUUCGGGAUAGGCGGAGACUUCUUUCUCAACCUCAUCUUAACUAUAUGUGGCUACAUCCCUGGACAUGUCCAUAAUUUCUACAUACAGAACAUCCGUAAUAACAAGAAUAAACAGCGGACGCCCAAAUGGGUGCAGCGAUACGGUCUUGUCAGCACCUCGGAAGUCAGGAGGAAAGAACGGCGAUCGCAGUGGGCCACCCGCUAUAACGAUCGUCUUCCUGCUUCCACUCUGCGCGAUCAGCCAUACGAGGAGGGCCAAGAGGGUGGCGCCUCUAGCGUUGACCUUGCUUCCCAAGACGGCGAUGCUAGACCCGGCGCACAUAGAAAUGGCAGCGGCGAGCUCUGGAGUCAUAACGAAGAGCGUUUCUACGGCGCGAACGGAGAUUCCGCCAGCGGAGAGUCUUCGACCAGGUGGCGUUACCCUGCUAAUUUCGAGGACGCGGCACCUGUAGAGGCAUCGAGGAAGAGUAAAAGGGGAAAGAAAGAUAAGAAAGAUCGGUGGGCCAGAACCGAGGAUGCAUAUUCUAUCACAGAUGCGAAUGGCUCAGCAAAGAGGCGGAAGUCGAAGAAGCAGAGCAGAACUGCGUCCGCUAAUGAUGAUGCUUACUCUCGUACAUCGUCGAUGACUGAAUUCCCCGAAGACGCAGAAGGCGGUUUAUAUGGAACCCGUGAACCAGCGCCUGCAAGAGAUACCUCGUUGAAUGAGGAUGAUAUCUUCAACCAGGAGGUGUGA